AUGUUGUAUUUGGUGUCUGCUCAGUUUUCUAUACAGGAGAACAAUCACACUAUGGUCACAGAAUUUUGCCUUUUGGGCUUUCAAGUCAGUCAACAUUUAAGAAUUUUCCUCUUCUGUCUUCUCCUGUUGGUUUACCACGGGACAAUAUGUGGGAAUCUCCUGAUCAUCACCUUGGUGUCCACCAGCAAGAAACUCCACACUCCAAUGUACUUCUUCAUCUCACAACUGUCCAUCAGUGACAUUUUAUUGACCACAGAUAUUGUCCCCAACAUGCUCCACAUCCUACUGAAUAAUGGAGGAACCAUCAGUUUUGUUGGUUGCAUUACUCAGUUUUCUUGGUUCAGUGUUGCAGAAGGAUUAGAGUGUUUUCUUCUCGCUGUGAUGUCUUAUGACAGAUAUCUGGCCAUCUGUAAUCCCCUCCGUUACUCCUCCAUCAUGACUAAUGAAUAUUGUGUGAAAUUAGUUGUUUCCUAUUGGCUGGCAGUCUUUUUCAUAGAAGUUAUUAUAACAUCAUCAUUAUUAAUGCUAAGGUUUUGUGGAAAAAAUACAAUUGACCAUUUCUUUUGUGAUCUGGUUCCAUUGCUAGAAAUUGCCUGUUCAGGUACUGACCUGGUUGGGAUAGUAGUCUUAAUGGUAGGUGCUCCAAUACUUGUUAUCCCUAUCACAAUAAUAAUAGUGUCAUAUGUUAAUAUUAUUUCCACCAUCUUAAGGAUGUCAUCUAAUAUCAGUAGACAGAAAGCCUUCUCCACCUGUAGCUCCCACCUCAUUGUGGUCUCCAUAUUUUACUGGACAAUGUUCUGUGUUUAUCUUGUCCCAGCAAAAGGACAGUCAUCGACCAUCAGUAAAGUCCUAUCACUGCUAUAUACUGUGUUCACUCCUUUCAUAAACCCCAUAAUAUACAGUUUAAGAAAUAAGGACUUUAUGAAAGCCAUGCAAGAAAUACUUUUUUGA